CCCAGCCAUGGAGCCAGACAACAGCCCCCGGAAGAUCCAGUUCACGGUCCCGCUGCUGGAGCCGCACCUCGACCCCGAGGCGGCGGAGCAGAUUCGGAGGCGCCGCCCCACCCCUGCCACCCUCGUGCUGACCAGUGACCAGUCAUCCCCAGAGAUAGAUGAAGACCGGAUCCCCAACCCACUUCUCAAGUCCACGUUGGCAAUGUCUCCACGGCAACGGAAAAAGAUGACAAGGACCACACCCACAAUGAAAGAGCUCCAGAUGAUGGUUGAACAUCACCUGGGGCAACAGCAGCAAGGAGAGGAGCCUGAGGGAGCCACUGAGAGCACAGGGACCCAAGAGUCCUGCCCACCUGGGAUCACAGACACAGAAGUGGAGUCAAGGCUGGGCACCUCUGGGACAGCACAAAAGCCUGCAGAAUCCACCCCUAAAACUCAGGAGAGGGGCAGUGAGGAACCCAGCACAGAGGAACCCUCAACUCACAUACCACCACUGGAUUCCCAAGGAGCCAAUUUGGUCUGACAGAGAAGGAGGUAUCCUGGAAUCAAAACUGCAGUUUGGGAAUGCAUAGACACUGGAUUUGUUUCUUAUUUCUUCACUUUGGGGGGAAAAUCUCGUUUUUAAAAAGUGAUAAAUUUGAUGUUAGGUC